AAUGAUUCAAUACCUACGCACUGUAGAAAUUACCAAAGAUGAGCAAGUUAUGCUACUUCAGAAAUGAGUGCGGUGAAUAUGAAGAGGCUCGCAAGUUUUUUAUAGUAGUUCUGCAUGCGUAAACGCAGUACGCCGGCUGGCUUGCGCACGGCUGCACCAGCAGCAGCCAUAGCACCUCAUCGAAUCCCAAUACUUCGCACAAUGUACAUAGUAGCGGCUACGGUGCUCUUCUUCUUCCUCAACCUCUAUUUUAUCUACAUUUACGUGCAAAAUAGCUCGAAAGAUGAUGUGAUGAGGUCGUUCGAGAAGGCGGAGCUGCAACAGCCAAGAGAGGAGCCGCAAACGGCUCGACCAACUACAUCUACUAUAAAUUUCCAUUCAUGUGAUAUCAGUGAUCCAUUAGCCCUUAGCGCCUUAUCGAGAGCAAAAACAGAAUCUUGCCGGAGAAAGAUCAGCGACGCCGCUUGCAAACUCAAAAAUAAUCUGUUCCAUGACCAGUUUCCCGAAAGCCUUUGCCCAAAUCAUGAACACUUGCUUAUCAAUUUCCGCCUUGGUUGCUUCGAGGACAGUAAAAAGGAUCGAGCCUUGAAUGGAUUCGCCUACGACUUCAAAACGGAUAAUUCUGUUGAAAAAUGUCGAUCGCAGUGCUACAGAGCCGGAUUUAUUUAUUACGGUCUGGAGUAUGGACGUGAGUGUUUCUGCGGUGAUACUCUGACAAAGCCAAAACUGGACGAUUUGAAAUGUACGGAAUAUCGAUGCUCUGGAAAUUCGUCCCAGUUUUGCGGCGGUUUCAAUGCUGUCGAAGUGUUUCGCACUGGAUUGAAAGAACCCCAUCUAAUGCCGAAGGCCAAAUAUAUGCAAGGCGCUGAACCUGAUGGCAAAUCUAAAAGACCACGCAUACUCUUUCUUCUUCAGCUGAAUGGAAGAAAUGAACGUCAGGUAAAACGUUUGCUAAAAGUACUAUACUCGCCUUACCAUUAUUAUUAUAUCCAUGUGGACCAGCGACAACUGUACAUGCUGACUGAGGUGAAAGCCGUAGCGGCAAAACUGUCCAACGUCAUCGUUGCGCCAGAUGCUCAUAGCACUAUUUGGGGAGGUGCAUCGCUACUGACUAUGGUGCAAGAUGCCAUUCGCCGAUCGAUCUCCUUGCCAACCCUCUCCGACUGGGAUUAUCUCAUCAACUUAUCGGAAAGUGAUUUUCCCGUUUUAACGCUGAACGAACUGGAAACACAACUCAGGCUCAACCCUGGAAAAUCUUUUAUGAGCAGUCAUGGAUACAAUACGGGAAGGUUUCUACAAAAGCAAGGUUUUGACUUUGUGUUUGUCGAAUGUGAGAAUAGAAUGUGGAGAAUUGGAAAGAGGGAUGAGUUUCCUCGAAAUCUUCGCAUAGAUGGUGGUUCGGAUUGGAUAAUUCUACAUAGGGAGUUCGCUGAAUUUUCCAUAUCAGAUGAUGAAUUACCCAGGAAAUUGCGAACCUUGUUUGGCAGCAUUAUUUUACCAGUGGAAAGCUUUUUUCAUACACUUGGCUACAAUUCUCGUUUUUGCCACAGUAUUCUAGGUAGUAACUUAAGACUGACAAAUUGGAAUAGAAAGCAAGGGUGCCGUUGUGAAAGUCUGAAAAAAGUCGUCGAUUGGUGUGGUUGUUCACCCUUGGUGUUCAAAAAAGAACAUACUCAUAAGUUUGCCAUCAAGAAUGCCGAAGCGAAACCUUUUUAUAUAGCGAGAAAGUUUGAGAGUCUGAUCGACAUUGAUGCUAUUGCCUUGGCUGAAGGACAGGCAUUGAGAGACCGGCCUCAUCUUCUCCAUACCAAUGAUGUCAUGUUUAAUGUUACAUUUGUAAACUACUACAAAGCUGACAUUGAUGGUUACUCGUUGCCCUUUUCGAUGAUGGCUAAAUCGCUUUUGUCUCUGCACAAUAAGGAAGCAGAAUUUCUAGCGUUAGAUAGGAUUGAUGCCGUGAAAGUUCACUCUUCAGCGCCUCAUCAAGUCAUUUUCACAAUGCAGAUUCGUGAUCUUGAUGUUCCCUUACAACUCCUAGUGCAGCGGCGACUAGUCUCAAGCAUCGUAUCUCCUGCUAUAGUUGACGGAUUCAAGUUGGAAAGCAUAACGGCCGGCACCGACAUCGAUCACAAAGAGGAGAUCUUCCGAGGUUUUCUUGCUUAUGCCGAUUUGACAUCCUCGCCAACCGUACGAUUGCGUUGGAGUCGGGUUGCUGGCAUGUCUACAACAGUGAACGAAACCAAGACCAGCCCAAAUAUCAGAUUCCUUUGGCGUGCCCCAAAACAACGGCAUAUAGCCACGCAAAAACUUCGCCCAUAUGAUUCCAUAUAUGGUACACAGUUCGCUGCACUACACCUGAGCACAUUGAAUGCGACCAAUUUGGAGCCGGGAAUGUGGAGCGUUGUUGUGCAGCCAGACACUGAUGACUCCCCGGAAGUGAUUGCUACCGUAUGGCUGCCGAUUUACUCCACCGCAGAUCCUUCGCUAUUCCAGUCGCUGGUCGGCAAUUUCUUCGUAUUGCUCGACAGUUGCAGUGUAGACUGCUCGACUACACCUUGGAGUACUUUCCACCCAGAUCCGAAAUCGGACAUACAUAUAGGUUACGAUAAGAAAGCAGAUGCUUUGAUUUAG